GUCUAUUUCUGCGGCUGGUCACCAAGGCGUAAAUCCAACAUCUCAUGUGGGAUGCAUUCUUCAAGAUGCUGCCCGAUCUCUUCCAGUUCUACGGCCCUUACAUACAAACGACGCUCUUCCACAGCUAUCCAGGCUCGCUCAACUACCUAUCCUACAUGCGCCAAAUUGGUGCUCAAGACCCCAUCCAGGUCGCCAUCUGUCUACCCGAAAGCGAAUUCCCGCAGAAAGACUACCUCCCCAUGAUCGUCACGCUGAAGGCAGAGUUGGAGGAUUUUGGCAGUAAGCUGAAGAAUCUCUUCUCCUUCUACAAGGAAAGCGACACGGCAAUCGAUCGCAUCAACUACCCCUCAACCAAGCCGCGUGGACCCGUCGUCCGCUGUUGGAGAUUCUGUACGACAUGGCUGACACAGCGAUUGCGUGCCAUGAGCGUAUUUUCGUCAUUCUUGAAUCAACGGGGGAUACGCGGCUUGCGCAGAGAAUCCGCGAUUUUUCCAGGGCACGGCGCAGUAUCAUCUCGCUAGUGGUCGGUAUCGGAUUUUAUAUGCAGUGAAUAUGGAGAUGAAGAUUUGCUUGCAUAUUACAAAGGAGUCGUACGGCAAUGGGCAUUCUCUAGGAAAACUCGAACCGGUUCAUUCAAAGGAAAGAUCCAGGCCAAAGGCUCUCCGAUGUCUGCCCGUGCAGAACAAUCACUGUAUUACGUCUGAAUAACUGCAUAUUCAUCACCGAUACAUUCCUUGUGUGACAGCAUUCCACGGCACGGAAAUACAGGAAGUAAUCACUAGAUAGAUCAUCUUAAUAGUGACUGCACAGGACCAGUUGUAAUGUGGGCGAUACGGAUUCUAUAUUCUUGGCUGUCAUCAUGAUAAGCAAAUGCACCUCUAUCAGCC